AUGAAGAUGGAGUAUGUGGAUGAGAAUAAAACCUUUCCCAUGUUCUCCCUGGAGCCUAACAAGUACAAGAUUUGCAAACCAUGGGAGGAUUGCUUGGUGGUGAAGCUUCUAGGGAAGAAUAUUGGGUAUAAUGCUCUCUGUGAAAAGCUGAGAGUAAUGUGGAAGCUGACGGGAGGCUAUGAGAUACGGGAUGUGCAUCAUGGCUAUUUUCUUGUUAAGUUUGAUCAGCCGGAGGACAAAGCGAGGGCUAUAUUAAGAGCUCUGUGGCUAAUAUACGACCACUACUUGGCGGUGAAGCCAUGGACGCUGGAUUUUGUGGAAGCUAAUUCAAAGAUUAGCACAACUAUGGUCUGGAUACGGAUACCAUAUAUAUGUUUCCAGUUUUAUGAUAAGAACAUCCUUCUCACGUUGGCGUCAGCAGUUGGUACGCCGAUCAAAAUUCACAUGAACACGAAUGAUAUGCAACGCGGGAGGUACGCACACAUCUGCGUGGAGAUUGAUCUGACCAAGCCUGUUCAGGGAGUGAUUGGGUUGGAAGGGACAUGGUACAACAUUGAGUAUGAGGUUCUGCAUCUUCUGUGCCGGAAGUGCGGGUCUUAUGGCCAUCUUGCUCGCAAUUGCGUGGUGGUAACUAGUGCAGAGAGCUCGGAACGAAGCAAUAACUCAGUUCAGGGCACGAUUCCAGUGGAAAGCAACACGAAUCGCAGUGUUGCGGCUGCGCCGACGUAG